AUGGAACAUAAUGUGUCUAACACGAAUGAGGUGAAAUACAGAGGUGUAAGGAAGCGUCCAUGGGGGAAAUACGCGGCAGAGAUACGAGACUCGGCUAGACACGGUGCUCGUGUCUGGCUCGGAACGUUUAACACUGCGGAAGACGCGGCUAGGGCCUAUGAUAGAGCUGCUUUUUCUAUGAGAGGUCACAAGGCCAUUCUAAAUUUCCCUCAUGAAUACCCAAUGACGACGGAAGGUCCAAGUGGUGGUGGUGGCGGAGAGAAUGCGGUGGCUUCUUCUUCGUCGUCAGGGUUUAGUGGAAGAGACGGUGGUGGUGUGAAGGAAGUCAUUGAGUUUGAGUAUUUAGACGAUAGUUUGUUGGAAGAGCUUCUAGAAUGUGGUGAGAGUUAUAAACAGGACGACCAGAAUGACGCAAACCAUUAAUUAUAGUUUUUCCUUAGAUUCUAUAGAUUUUUUUUUAUGUUCGACGAACGAGAGUACUAAUCAAUCAUGCUUUUGUCCUUAAUCAAGGAAGGUUUUCUUUUCUAUGUCACUUUUUCGCGGGAAAUUUUUAAAUUACUAUUUGUCAAAUGUUACUUGAUAUAUGCUUUUGUUUUAUUGUUGGUCUAAAAUAGACUCGGC